AUUUAAUCAAUAUGCCCAUGCAGCCAUCUAUGCACUUGAAAAAUGUUUGGGCUUUGGAAAAGUCGAGAAAAACGUAAAAAGAGUUCAGCUUUUACUAAACAAUAAAGUUAAUAUCAAGGACUAAUAUUAAAAUAAGGCUAGAAAUAAAUUGGAUUUGUACUUUUCUUCCUAUAAAUUUAAAUUUACAUUUAUUAUAUAAAUGUAAAAAUUUCUAGCCUUUGUUUAGGGGAAAAUUUUAUAGUGUGAAGAUUGAACCAAAUUUCUAUUAACUAUCCGAAAAAAUUAAAAUCAUCUAGAAUAAGGAAUUUGUACAGCUUUUUAAAACUCCUUUUUUAUAUACUUAUUGAAUGAUAUAAUUCUUAUAUAGAAGGAAUUAUUUCCCUGAGUUUGUAUAUUAACAGCUUAUGUACAUAUAUGUUCUUCUUUGGAUUAUAUUUAAAAGUUUAGUAAAGAAGAAACCUCAAAAUUACUUUAAGUGUAGCGGCAACAACAACAUCAUGUGAGCGCGCUGGAUGCUCUGCUCUGUCAGCGUCGACUGCGCUGCCUUUCACCCAUAUAAAUUUCUUUUCAUUGCAAAUUUUUUGCCAUUCGUCGGCGCAUUGUCAAACCUUUCAGUCGCAUUUGGAGCUUAAGCUUUCCGAGAUUUCUGAGCGACUCAACCAUCUGCAAACGACAAAGGUCUAAAAAGCGAGGGGAAAAUAAGAAAAUAAAAAAUAAAACUACAAUACAAAUCGGAUGCGAGCGCGAGUGUGUUAGUGUCCAUUCAUUCAUUCAGCAACAAUAAAAAAUAAAUGAAAUACAAAAUGCAAUCGUCGCAGUUGCAGUCAGCGUCGCAGUAGACGUCUGCAGAGGCAGUGGCAGAGGCAGCGACGGAGGCUGAAAAACAGUAGCAUCACAUCAAAAUCCAAAAGAGAGAUCAUUUUUCAUAUGCGAAUCGAAACUCGAAGAGCGCGCAUCAAAGUUAAAUUCAAACGGCGAAAGAGUAACGGACAAAAGGCGAAUUGUUUUGUGUGCAUCAUACGAAGAAUACAAAAAAAAUGAAAUGAUAUAAAAUUAAAGCCUAAGCAGAACGUAAUUGAAAUCAAAUUAAAGACCGGCCGUGCAAAAAUAUACACAAUAAAAAACCGAAAGAAAUAAAGCCAAGGCUAUAAAAAAGAAAUUAUGCUCCAUUGUGCGAUUGUGUGAGAGGUCAAGUGCCCGGCAGGCAAAAGAAGGAAAGAGCGAGAUACAAUAUAGACACAAACUUAAUGUUAAUAGGCAAACGAAUGAACUCAUAAAAGGGCAAAAGAGAGGCCAACACUUGGGUAAGAAGUAGCAGUAGCAGCAGCAGCAGCAGCACUAGCAGCAGAAGAAGAAGAGCAGGCCAAGCCCAAAUGACCGCAAGAAUACCGUUAAUUCGAACAGCUUCAGCGGUAUUACGAGCAUUUAUAUAGUCUAUAUAGUCAGUCAGAUUUUGACAGACAGAGUAAGAGACACAGAGACAGAGAGAAAAACUACUUUCUUCAUCGCAUAACUAAAGUGAACUUCAGCCGCAUAAAAGUUUGCUACUAUUUCAAUUUCAAUUGUUAACGAGCGAAAGCGCCGCCCGUCUCGUCACGCACACACACAAACAAACAAACAAACAACAAAAAAACAAAUAAAAAACAAUAAAUAGCAGGAAAAGUGCAGCAGACAGCAGCGAAAAUGUACCAACGACAGCAUCUCCCCUCCGCUUUAAAAGCCACCCAAACAGAGACCCACAGAUUUAGCCAGACUCUAAGCCAGAUCAAGAAAUGCAGCUAUAACCACAGCUUCAAACUGAGUCGCAGUCUCAGCAUUAGCCGCCCGAAGAGCCAGCGACAGCUGUUUGGCGCACUGCUGGCCGUGUUCAUGUUGGCGGCAUUAGCGUCAACCACCAAUGGCGCUGUAACAGACUCACCCAUCAAGAUCAUUCGGCUGCCGGCGCAGGCGCCAGUAAUUCGCUAUCGCAGUGCUGAUGCGGCGCCGGACUCGUUGCUGAUUAACUAUCGCCAGGAUGCUCAGCCGGAGUUGUCGUCCACAUUGAUGCAGGCCCCUGGCGCAGCAGCAGCUGCAUUGGAAUCCCUCCUUCGUGAUGAGACGGAGCAGCAGCAGCUGGCGCAAAUGGGCAGGCGAAACAGGGCGAGUGCAACUACUACUGGAAAUUGUCCGAGAUCUUGCCCACCGAGCAUAACUGUGGGAGCUGAGCCCGUGUGCGGAAGUGAUGGUCUGAUCUACGCCAAUCUCUGCGAGCUGCGCAAGAAGACUUGUUCCCGUAGCGGUGUUUCUUUAAUAAAGGAUGUGCGAGAUGGCUGCGAACGGUCAAAGGGUUCGGACUGCAAGCAUCGCUGCAGCACGGAAAAGGAUCCGGUUUGUGGAACGGACGGAAGGACCUAUUUGAAUCGCUGCAUGUUGAGGGUACAAUCCUGUCGUGUCGGUUUGGCAGCCGUAAAGCUAUCGCAUGUUGGUCCUUGCAGCAAUACCAGUGCUGUACGUGAGUCCUGUCCUGUGGAUUGUAAUAGUGCUCCAAAGGAUGGACCAGUGUGUUCAUCCGAUGGCAAUGUUUACAAUUCCACCUGCGAGAUGAAACUUCAUACGUGUGGACAGGGUGUGGUGAAGACCAGUAGAAAGCACUGUCAGUCCACCAGGAUGUGCAGGGAGUCUUGCUGGAGGGUAGCGAGACCCACUUGUGGCUCCGAUGGGCGAUUAUAUGCGAGUCCCUGCAAGAUGCGCUCCUCCAAUUGCGGUAAACAUGUCUUCGAGGUUCCUUUGUCCUUCUGCAUGCCUCAGGAAAGGCAUGGCAGUGCAUCCGAUGCCUGUCCAACCGAGUGUCCCAAGUCAGAGGCAGAUUCCUCGUCGCAGUAUGUGUGUGGAAGCGAUGGUAACAUCUACUCUUCGCUCUGUGAACUGAAGAUGCUCAACUGCGGUCCCCAGCGUAAGUCCAUCCAAAAAGUGAGCAUGGACAAGUGUAAGAAUCGACUGACUCGCUGCAAACAACUGCCACCUUGCAAGGAUUUCAACAGCCUAUUUGGUUCCAUAUUCAGCUCAAAGCGAAAUGACAAGCUCUGCGGAACGGAUGCAAAGACAUACAACAAUGAAUGUGAACUAGCCCAUGCCACCUGUCUACGCGGCGUUAAUCUGGCCCACAUUGGACCCUGCACUGAUCUCAAUUCGCCCACCAAGGAUUGCGGGGAUGCCUGCACCCGGGCGGAUUUGGAGCAGCAGCCGGUGUGUGGAUCGGAUGGCAAUACCUUUGCUUCCAUGUGCGAAUUCAAGCGGCGCACUUGCAAUCUACGUGUGGUGCCUGUUUCGCUGAAGAACUGCGCUUUGACAGUCGACUGUGAAUCGGAUUGUGAUGCCCAGCCGCCGAACUUCGUCUGUGGUUCGGAUAACAAUUUGUACAAGUCCGAGUGUCACAUGCGUAAGGAGAACUGCGGCAAGCACGUGUUCGUGGUACCUCUCAAACGGUGCCUGGCCGCCUUCCAACUCAAAGGAUGUGCUCGCAUCUGUCCGAGGGAAUUUGAGCCUGUUUGCGGCAGUGACAAUAAAACCUAUCUGAACGACUGUUUCCUGGAGAUCGAGAACUGCAGGGCGAACCAGACGGUCAACGUCAACUACUACGGCGCCUGUGGCCGCCCCGAAGCACCAUCCACGAACUUCCUUUACUAGGUUUUUUGUGUGGCGCCUUCACUUUCACUUGGCAUUUAAUAUUUUUAGGCUAUAGUCUUGUAUUGUAAUUUUUUAAAGCGAUAUUUAUUGAGUUUAUAUUAAAGCCCCCAACGAACUUA